GAUUAGCCAGCCAGUCAGUUUAGGAAGACGGAGGUUCGGACACUGCAUCCCUGCUUAUAGAGCAACAGUCAGAACUCUGAGAAGAUUCUUCAGGAGGAGGAAAUCGAUCCUCCAGCUGAAAGUGUGACUGUGUUUUGAGCAGAUCCCAGAGUGACUGUGCUCGGUCACCGCGACCUGAUGGUGUCCUGCAGGUCCACUAAAAGUGCGUCCAAAGCUCGACGCGACCACAUUAAUGCAGAGAUCCGGAACAUGCGGGCGCUGCUGCCCAUUUCGGCGGAGGACCAGGAGCGCCUCUCCUACCUCCACACCAUGGCCAUCAUCUGCACCUUCAUCAGGAAGACUGCCCUCCUUACAGCCGAUGGAGAGAAAAGUGAUGAAGGUCUGGUUCCUCCGCAUGAAGAUCUUCUGCAGGCUCUACCAGGUUUCAUUGUCGUGAUGACCAGUCAGGGAAAGCUGGUCUGCGUGUCUGAGAAUGUGUCUCAGUAUCUUGGCUUCUCCAUGGUCGAGAUCCUGCAGAGCGACACGUUCUAUGAUCUGAUUCACGCUGAUGAUGUGGAUUCAGUGAAGCUGACUUUAGAGGGAGAUCUCAGUGCAGCAGGGCGAAGUUUUGUGUGUCAUAUGAAUACCUCUAAGGCAUUCAGGCUGCAGUACGGGAGCUGCUGCCCCCUGCUGGUGAGAGGUCAUUAUCAGGACCCUCAGCAUAGCCUGUUUGUCGCUCUGUGUGCACCAACAAUGGACAGACUGAUGGACACCGAGCGUCUGAGCUUCAGAACUCACUUUCAGAGCGUCCACAGAGCCGACAUGAGCUACACCUACACUGAGCGCAGUGUGGUUCUGUAUUUGGGUUACGAAGCAGAGGAGCUGAUUGGCCGAUCAUGGUACAGCAUGCUCCACCCAGAUGACCUGUCACUGACUGCCAGUGCACACACACAUUUGAUGCGGCAGCGGGGAGCUGGAGAAGGUGAUGAUGAUGGGGAUGAUGAAGGUGAGGAGAUGGUGGAGCUGGUGUUUAGAGUUCAGACUAAAACUUUGCUGUGGAUCUGGAUCUUCAGUCGUGCCUCUAAGUUCACUCACAAACAGGAAAUCACCUGCACUAACUUCCUGAUCAGUGAGGCCGAGGCGUUGUAUCUGAGGCAGAAGCUCUAUAGCGCUGUGUCUGCGCCGCCUCUAACUCCUCCCAUAUCUCAGAUGCCAUGGGGUCCCGGACCCUGCAGGUCUCCGAAGCGGCCAGCAGAGGGCAGCGAUCAGAGCGCCAGACCAAGGAGAAAAGUCAGUCGGCUUUCCGAGCGAGCAGGGAGUACAAGCAGAGACCACCGAGACAGAUCAGCCGACCGAUCAUUGUUCUCCACCCCCCCCUACAGCCCCGCCUCCUCCGUGUCUGAUGAUAGCUUGGACACCCUGCAGGACGUCAUGUCUCCUUCGUUCUCCUCCUCACUGCCCUCCUCUUCCUCCUCACUGUCCUCCUCUUCCUCUUCACUGCCCUUCCAGCACCUCCAGCCACUGCCAGUUCUCCGAAAUUCUUUCAGCGUGGAGCCCUGCCCCCUCCCUCCUCCCACACUCUCCUACCCAGAAGGCCCAGCUGAAGCCAGUCUGGUUCCUGACUAUCAGCCUGAGGGCUGUGAAAGCUCACCUGACUGUGUUCUCCACUACAGGAACUUCAGCCUUCUUCCAGAGCUGAUGGCUGAUGAAGUUGGGACUUUCCAAGCCCCUGAGGAUUCUGGGUCCUCCUCUCUGGUUGAGCUCUUGACCUCUGGCCCCUCGCUGACCGUCCACGAGUCUACGCUGUCCAAUCUGAGCUACACUGAGCGAGAACAGGCUGAGAUCAGUGUGCUGGCCCAUCAGAUCUCCUCCCUGGCCAGCAGCUUCGACUUGUACCGCGCUAAAAGCCACAACUCGAACUUCACUUGUGCUCCCUGCUGGCCAUCCGCCAUCACGCUGCCCACUGAGCUGCUUCUUGAUGAGGAUGUCAUCGACAGCAUCCUGAGGGACUGUGACGGAGCGCCAGUGAAGAGGGAUUCAGGCUCCGGAUGGAGGCAAAUUCCCAGGAUCUCACCGGAUGAAGCACCUGGACUGCAGAACCUCUCUCUGGACAUUGUGGUGAACUCCGUCCCUUUAGAACCGCAACUGGCAGAUGGUUAUCUGUGGCCGUCUGUUUACAGGCAGGACUGUCAUGAAGAGAACAUCGAGUCGCAUCAACUCAGUCUUUACCUACAUGGCAACUUCCAGCAAGACGGGUUUGCUGAUGAAUCCAUGUACUGAACACAGUCCCAGACUGAUGGUACUGACCCAGUAUGGCAUAUUGUCAUGGCAACUACAGGCUCUUCUUCUUCUCUGGGCUCUAAGAAGCUUCUGAAGACCUUCUCUGUUGCUGCUGUGGCAGAUCAGGUUCCUCAGGCUGGAGAGGAGGAAGCAUUUUAAGCAGAAUUUCACAUCUGCUCUGGGAGUGUGAAGCUCUGCUCUGGGAGUGUGAAGAUCUGCUCUGGGAGUGUGAAGCUCUGCUCUGGGAGUGUGAAGAUCUGCUCUGGGAGUGUGAAGAUCUGCUCUGGGAGUGUGAAGAUCUGCUCUGGGAGUGUGAAGCUCUGCUCUGGGAGUGUGAAGAUCUGCUCUGGGAGUGUGAAGCUCCUGCUUCGCCCUGUAGUGGACGCAGCCGUUUAUUACGCCAGUCUGUCUUCAUCACAGCUGAGCACUUAGACUGUUUCACCAGAGUUUCACCUGAAGAUUUAACAUCAAUCUCAGCUGGAAUCACAAAACUGGCCUUUUAAUAUUUUCAAAUUGAAAAAUUCUUAAAUUGUUCGUUAAACUCAAAAUUUUCAGAUCGAUUAUGAGCGUUUAGUGUCCCGGACUGAAGAGGAGGUCUCAGAGGUGGGCGGCGCUCAGACUGACUGUGUGUUUAUUGUUUGUUUAUUGUUUACAGAUACUGUACAUACCUUUGUUUACAUUUUUCCUGUUUAGAAAUGUUGUUUCCUGUUUAGAAAGUCUCUGUGACUUCAAACUCACAAAGC